AUGACAUUGGCACUCACUCGAGGCGCGGAAGGUUUCUCUGGUGGCAUUUGGAUCUUCUGGUCCAAGAGUUGGGGAUCAGUUGAGGUAUUGUCUUCCCACCGUCAGCUGGUCCACGUUCGUGUUACUCCCCGGAGUGGCCAACCGUCCUUUUCAGCUUCGUUUGUGUAUGGGAGCCCUAACAUGAAAACUGUAGGUUUCGAUGACUGUUUCGUGGUUGAAGCGGAAGGUUUCUCUGGUGGCAUUUGGAUCUUCUGGUCCAAGAGUUGGGGAUCAGUUGAGGUAUUGUCUUCCCACCGUCAGCUGGUCCACGUUCGUGUUACUCCCCGGAGUGGCCAACCGUCCUUUUCAGCUUCGUUUGUGUAUGGGAGCCCUAACACUUCCAUCCGUGAGUUUCUUUGGCGGGAACUGCGUCGGAUUGCCUCUCAGAUAACAGAGCCUUGGAUCGUCAUGGGAGAUUUCAACUCCUACAUGAAUGCUUCUGACAAAGUGGGAGGUGCUCCCCCUAAUUUGUUGUCCAUGAGUAAGUUUAGAGACUGUAUUGAGGAAUGCUCUCUUUCUGAUCUUGGGUUCAAGGGUCCUCCCUUUACCUGGGAGGGUAGAGGUGUUAAAGAGAGGAUUGACUGGUCUUUAGGGAAUGCUCACUGGCUUGCGUCUUUCCCAGAGGCUUCAGUUCUUCACCUUCCUAAGCUUAAAUCAGAUCAUAAACCUAUGCUUCUUCAACUUUGUAAGCCCCAGGAAGAUAUGACUAUUCGCCCUUUUAGGUUCCUUGCAGCGUGGCUAACUCAUGAGGAUUUUCCUCGUCUCGUGGAAUCCUCUUGGAACAAUCAUGAAGCUUGGACUCCUGCUUCAGACAAGUUGAGGGAGGAAGUGACUUCCUGGAAUAAACAUGUAUUUGGUGAGAUUGGUAGGAAAAAGAGACAACUCGUGAAAAGUUUAGAGGGGAUUAACAACCUCCUUCGCAGACUCCAAGGUAGUAAAUUAUGA